AUGGAUGGUUUUGCUGGAAGUUCAACUAAUAAUAAUACAAGAAAUGAUGUUACUAUGAAUGACGUUGAUGUUAAUACAUUAGCAAGUGCAAUUGUAAUGGCAAUGAGAAUGAACGACGGAAAUCAAUUACAACCACAUGAACAUACUGUUAAAGAUAUUGCAAGUGCUGUCAUAAUGGCUCUUAAUAGCACAGCUAAAACAACAACGAACACACUAGGAACAGUUUCACAUAUACCAUUACGGGAAACAAGUAGCAUGGCAUUAACAGACGAUAGCAUUAUUUUUAAUAGUAUUAUUUCACCACCUUUGUCGCCCGUUCUUCAACAAUCUUCAGUACAACAUAAAAUGAAACACACAACUGAUAAUGUCUACAUUGUACCAUUACAAGCAUCACAGAAUCAGGUAAAAUUGUUUGCUUCACCAAAAGGACCAAACAACGACAGUGGAACACCAGUGGGUGCAUUAGUAACUAGCUCAAUACCAACCUUAGAAUGGUCAUUUACAAGCAAAUUAUCAAGCUACUCAUUACAAAAAGCAGGUACACAACUGUAUAAUUGUUUUGGUCGUUUAGAAUCGUCUUUGAGUCACCUACGUCUAUCAUUACUACCACCACUACCAUCUGGUUUACAAUUUGUUGUCCCGAACAACUAUAUGGUGAAUAUAGAUGGUCAACGAUUUUUAUUACAAGAUUUAUCUAAUCAAAAACGAUUUAAACGUUUAUUGAUUUUUGCAAGUGAUCGCCAGUUGGACUUCUUAUUUCAAAGUGAAUGGUUAUUCAUUGAUGGCACAUUUUAA